UGUAGGUGUGACCGCUGGGCGUCAUCGCCGCCUCCGAUUGGCGGCGUAUAGGUCUGCGUCCGCAUGGCAACCUUCAGCGGUGUACAAGAAGCCACGCAGAGGGAGAGCCCUCUGUGAGAAGAAGGCUUUCAGCAGACAUCCGCUCCCGUCCGUGUGCCGCCGCGACAAGAAGAUCGCCGCAAAGCCCGACACCAACCAGGGCGGCGGAGCGCCGUGUGCCGCCCGGACUGACAGAUCAUGUGAACGGUUUUGGAGCAGCAGAACCAUUGGCCCGGCAGCAACACUAUCCAGCUUCUCCCUCCCAGCUAACUAAUAGCUGCCAGCUCGUCUACAAACAUGACGGCAGAAGAGAUCAUCAACAUCAAGGAGGCCGAGGUGAUCAAGCUGAUCCUGGACUUCCUGAACUCCAGGAAGCUGCACAUCAGCAUGCUGGCUCUGGAAAAGGAGAGCGGCGUCAUCAAUGGACUCUACUCGGACGAUAUGCUCUUCCUCCGGCAACUCAUUCUGGAUGGCCAGUGGGAGGAGGUGAUGCAGUUCAUUCAGCCCUUAGAGGGAAUGGAGAAGUUUGACAAGAAAAGGUUUCGUUACAUCAUCCUAAAGCAGAGGUUUCUGGAAGCGCUGUGCGUGAAUAAUGCCAUCUCAGCAACCGAGGACCCACAUAAUCUGGAGUUCACAAUGCAAGAGGCCGUGAAGUGCCUCCACAGUCUGGAGGAGUUCUGCCCGACAAAAGACGACUACAGCAAGCUGUGCCUCCUCCUCACUCUGCCUCGCCUCACCCACCACGCCGAGUUCAAGGACUGGAACCCGAGCACGGCGCGCGUCCACUGCUUCGAGGAGGCCUGCGCCAUGGUGGCCGAGUUCAUCCCCGCGGACAGGAAGCUGAGCGAGGCGGGCUUCCGGGCGAGCGGGAACCGGCUCUUCCAGCUGCUCAUCAAAGGGAUCCUCUACGAGUGCUGCGUGGAGUUCUGCCAGAGUAAAGCGACGGGGGAAGAGAUCAGAGAGGGCGAGGUGUUGCUCGGCGUGGAUUUGCUCUGCGGCAACGGGUGCGACGAGCUGGACCUGUCGCUCCUCUCCUGGCUGCAGAACCUCUCCUCCGGCGCUUUCACCUGCGCCUUCGAGCAGAAGACCCUCAACAUCCACGUGGACCGCCUGGUGAAACCCAGCAAGGCCGGACACGCCGACCUCCUCACGCCCCUGAUCAACCGCCUGUCCCCCUUACCCGCCUCGCCCUUUCGUCAGAGACCUCACUCGGCCGACACUUACAUGUCCAGGUCCCUCAACCCGGCGCUGGACGGCUUGUCCCACGGAUUGGCGGCGCAGGACAAGAGAGGCAUGGAGGCCAACGGCAAAUCUGCACUCAGUCGGAGUCUGGUGGAAAAUAACGUGCAUCAGCAGGACGACUCGCCCGAGAGGAAGCACUCACAGGUGUUGGACAGGCCCCCCACCACACGCACCCCUCUAACUCCAGGAAAAGAUGGCGGCCCGCCCUGCAGCGCAGAUACGCUGGAGCGCCGCGACUCCACAGAGCACAUCCAGGAGUACUACAGGCAGCGCCUUCGUGUGCAGCAGCACCUGGAGCAGAAGCAGCAGCAGACCCAGCUCUAUCAGCAGAUGCUGCUGGAGGGAGGCGUGAAGCAGCUGGACGGAGCCCAGCACAAGCUCACCGAGACGUUCCUCAGCAGGUCCAUUCAGCGGCUGGAGGAGAUGAACGUGGGCAUCGACCCCAAGGGCGAGGACGUGAUGGCGCACCUGGGCCAGCAGUGGAACGGGCUGACGGCAAACAGCGACGCCUCCGGCCCGAGGACGGCCAACGCUCACAACACGGAUAAGGGGCCCGUCAGGAGCAAGUCGGGAGGGGUGAGCAGCAGCACCCCGUUAAGCUCUGUCAGCCGUGGCCCGCCGUCACUCAGCGAGUCGCCAGUUCCAAAAAGUCGCAGUGCUGAAAGAAUCCGAUCUUCUGCUUCCGUCCAAGACGAUCCUGGCGGCUCCGCCAUCAGAAACGUCCACGAGCAGGUGAAAUCCAAAAGCCAGUUUGUAAGACUGAGCCAGCUGGAGGACACCCAGGCGGUGCGCGCCGUGGCCUUCCAUCCGUCUGGAGCUCUCUAUGCCGUCGGCUCAAACUCCAAAACGCUGAGAGUCUGCGCCUACCCAGAAACUCCGGCCAGCAGCAGUUCUGGUGCAGCCAAACCGCCGUCGGUGCGUUUCAGACGAAACAAACAUCACAAAGGCUCAAUCUACUGUGUGGCUUGGAGCCACUGUGGACAGUUGUUGGCCACCGGCUCCAAUGAUAAAUAUGUCAAGGUUCUGCCUUUCAAUGCAGACAGCUGCAAUGCCACAGGCCCAGACCUGGAGUUCAGCAUGCACGACGGCACCAUAAGAGACCUGGCGUUCAUGGAGGGUCCUGAGAGCGGGGGAUCCAUCCUGAUCAGUGCCGGGGCUGGAGACUGCAACAUAUACACCACAGACUGUCAGAGAGGCCAGGGCCUUCACGCCCUGAGUGGACACACAGGUCACAUCCUGACUGUGUACACAUGGGGAGGCUGGAUGAUCGCCUCGGGCUCCCAGGACAAAACGGUCCGGUUCUGGGACCUCCGGGUGCCCAGCUGUGUUCGGGUGGUGGGCACGUCUCUCCACGGAUCAGGGAGCGCCGUGGCCUCGGUGGCGGUGGACCCGAGCGGCCGCCUGCUGGCCACCGGUCAGGAGGACAGCACCUGCAUGCUGUACGACAUCCGAGGAGGACGCACGGUCCAGACCUUCCGCCCCCACGGCAGCGACAUCCGCUCGGUGCGCUUCUCCCCGGGAGCCCAUCACCUCCUCACCGGCUCCUACGACAACAAAAUCGUCAUCAGCGACCUCCAAGGUGACCUGACAAAGCCGCUCCCUCAGACGCUGGCCGGCGAGCACUGGGACAAGGUGAUCCAGUGCAGGUGGCACCCGCACGACCGGACGUUCCUCUCCUCCUCGGCCGAUCGGACUGUCGUCCUCUGGGCCCCGGGCCCCUGACAGAUUCUGGAUCUGAACUGUUAAAGAGUCGGUCACGAGGCGGAAGCACGGCGUCCGCACGCACGCUCCGGCCUAUAGGCUGUUUGUUGUGAUACUCUGUUUAGAAAAAAAAAACCUCUAUGUGUAAAACGUAGUAACAGCGUGAGGCGUCGACACAUUUGGAGGACAACAUACGUGAUGUGUCUGUGUGAGCACGCCGCCGUGGGACGCUCUAAAGUCUGUGUGUAAUUGAUUUUAAGGGUCAGCCGUACCUAAAUCUAAAAAGAAACAAAAGAUAUAUUUGCAGUUUUAAUUUGGGAUCAGUUUGGGUCCUCACCCCCCAAAGUAACAUUUAUGCUUCUGUGUUUGCUUGUCACAUUGUGAUACCAAAAUGUAGAAAUACCCCCCCCCCCCCCCCCCCCAAAAAAAAAGAAGAGAAAUGCAACUUUACUUCAAGCACACUUCAAAAACUACUUGAAUAAUUUUCUCACAAUGCACAGGAGUGUUUUAUCGAUGUUUUGUCAGAAUGUGUUGGAAAAAGAAAAGAGAAGGGAAAGAAAAUGUUUCACGGAUUUAGCUUUUGUCGUAGCGUUGCACGGUUUUUUUUCCGCAGCUCAUCAAGGCGCGCGCUGACGUCGCUCGUUCCCCGUCGGAGCCGCUGUCCGGACUCAACGUGGUAGGAGGGAGGACACAUUUAGUUUUAUGCAUUUCAUAACGUGCCUUUUUAUAAAAAACGUGCAGAGAUUACUUUUAUUUAUUUAUUUAUUUUCCUGAACGCAUUUCUAUGCCGAGAGUCAAAGUCAAUAUUUUACACACGUCAUUAAUGCGGAAAAUGAGCAGCAGCGUUUGGACUGUGCGCACGUCAGUGUGAAUAAACGUUUGCCACGGUAUCGUUAAAAGAGGUUUUACUAACUGGGAAAUGGAGAGUGAAACUUAGACUUAUCCACUGUUUGUUAUAAGUUAUCAAUAAAGUUUUAGGUAAAUGUG